UGAGUGAAGACUUUUCUUCGACACUCUGAACCUCUGAGUCAAAGCGGAGAUACUGGAGGAGAAGCCGGUCCAGUUCAGGUGUCAGAACCUGAUAGAGGCGGUGGGUCGUCUUAAUUACGGGGUCGUCUUCCUGAAAAGCCGCCAAGAAGAAUGCUUCUUGCCAAAAAACAGUUUUGCUGUGGGAGUUUCUAAGACACCUAGGCUAAAUGAUAUAUGUAAAAAUACUUGUAAGAGCUGUCGGAUGUGAAGGUGGAGUUCAUGAGCUGAGUUGGACACUACUGUGGUACUCCUGAGCAAGGACCUUAUUUUAUAAAAAUGUCAACAAUGAAGAGAAGAAUAUAAGCUUGAUGCUGGUGCCAGGAGGAUUUCACCGAAGAACAUAAAAGAGCUCACGAAGGAGAGGGGACUUUUACACCUUGCUUGUUUAGUUGCCGUGCUGUGUAGUGAUCACGACUGUCGAGAAGACUGCUAAGGAACUCAUCCCAAACUGAAGCAGUUCUGGUCUCGAAGAUGUCAUCGUGGCUGACUUUGUGAACACUUUUCAGGGGCUUGAAUCAACACUCCUGAGUAUGACUUUUGCUGCUGAUUGAAUUGACAAAAAGGAGAAGUCAGUGUUUCCUGGUUAGCCAGCUGAAAAUGCAUUGCAGUGUUUUGGGCAAUGUCAGUUCCUUCUUUCCCUGAUUUAAUUUUGAAAGUAUGCACAUUUUUACGUCAGUAGCCCUAACUGUGCGGCAAGGAACACCACGCCUUCGUGUUGCAGGACAUUAAUGGUCAAGACAAAGGACCUGGAUUCACAGUCAGAAAGAGCGGUUGCCAUUGGCUGCAAGGAAAUGGCCCCAAAGCAAAAUCAAGGACAUCUGAAGUGCUGAAAUCUAGAAUUAAGACAUACAGUACCACCGAACAAGAAGGAACUGGACGCCCAAGGAAAGCUGCAGUUCUAGCAGUGUUCAGCAAAGAUGGUAGACGCUCUCUACACCAACUCAAGCCCUCUCCCCAAUUACAACACGCCCAACGCCACAGUCCAGCCGCCGAGUUUCUUCGAGGAGUGCAAAGUCAUCCCCGCGGGACCUAUGAUAUACGUCAGCGCACAGGCUAUCAACAUUGUCCUGGGACUGCCUGCCAACCUUAUGGUGCUGUGGCUUCUACGCAGGACCAAAGCCGAUUUCACUACCUCGGACAUCUUCAUCCUGAACCUCGCCAUCUUGGACACCUUCUUCUGCCUCAUGUCUCCUGUUGACCUGCUCAACAGGUUACUGCUGAAUCAUGCGACUGUCUGGCAAGUCCAGUCUGUCGCGUACGGUAUAAAAGAUGGUUCUCCCCUGUUGCUCACUUGUAUCUGUCUGGACCGCUACCUAGCAGUGCUGCACCCCAUCACCUUCACAAAAUUCAGGGGUCAGAAGCACAGAAUCAUUUGUGCGGAGGUGCUGAUGGUCAUUAUCAUUAGCUACGCCAUUUCUUACGCUGCGGGCGCAGUGAAGGACUUUCACCGUGUGUUCAGUGUUAUGAUCCUUACAAUUUUUUCCAUCAUGGUGUUCUGUAACCUUUCCAUCCUCUGGGCUCUGAAAAGGUCUGGCCCAGGGAGGGAUGAGAUGCAUCCUGUGAAGAAGAAGGCCUUCAACAUGGUCCUUAUCAUUCUGGCCAUUAUAGUGUUUCAUUAUUUCCCACCUGUCAUUCUUUUCCCUUUCCAGAACUACUUCUCUCCUCUUGUGUUUAAGUGUUAUGUUCAUCACAUUGCGUUUGCCUUCAUGGACCUCAGCAGCAGUGUUCAGCCUCUGCUCUAUUUGUCGAGAAUAGUCAGAUUGCCUUGUUUCCUGACUGAUACAGUUAGCGACACUUCUGUGAAAAGCAUCACAGUCAAUUAAUAACUUUAUUUCUCAACAGAGUACAGUUUCAUCAGCCAUAUGUAUGCAAGUUUGCAGAAUCCGUGACUCCUGGUCACAGCACAAUCUGGGAUCUCAGACAAGGAUUUCCACCGUGACCCUAACUUCUAGCUCUGAACCUUAAUCUAACCCAGGAAUUGAACCCUUAAACCGUACCCUCUUCAUUAAUCUUAAUCCUUAACACUCUAAUUAAACCCUAAAUCCUAACCCCCUUACUUACCGUUUAACAUUUUUCACAUCAAUGUUCAGUUUUUGCCAGUGCCAACACAGAGAUUUUUAUAUUAUACUGAGUAUAUUUAUAUUGUUGACUAUACAAGGUAUGUAAAUGCUAUGCUAUAUCAUCCCAAGUAUUAAGUUUAUUAACACUUACCGCUGCCACAGGUAGGAAAUUACAAGAUCAGUGUCAAGUAUACAGAAUUGCAGAAGCAGAGGGCUAUAAAGGACUGAGUUUGUCAUUUAUGUUUAAUGAGUGAGGCAAGGUUAUGGUUUCAUUUGGACCAUGGGACUUCAUUAUUACCUGUGUUGUAUUAUUUUAAUUAUAUUGGCUGUAAAUGGCUGUACUUACUUCAUUUUCAUUCAAGAUGGCCAGACUAGAAUAGGCGAUUCCUAACUCUAGACUUUGGAGUCUGUUAUUCAGCAGCUUUUCUGUUUUGACAGGACAAAGAAAUGUAAAAUUACAAAAUACAUAAUUACAUUAAUAAUAUUUAUGUAUUGUAUGUGAUUUAAACCCAUUAUCUAUGUUUAGUUUCAAUGAUCUAUCUACAGUGUCUCAGUUUCUUACAGGCUUCCUUGCAUUACUCUAUUUCAAAUGAAAUACUGUAGGGUGCUCAUGACAUACCAUGAAUUUUGAGAAAGAGAUUUGCACUUCCUUUAUAUUUAACGUGGUCACUUUAUUUAUUUGUGUGUUUCUUUGUUUGUUUCAAAUAUGUUGUGUGCAGCUGUAUUUAAGUGUUAAAAGCUGUAAAUAAACAGUCUGGAACCUGA